AUGGUGACCACCAACAUCAGCAGCAGGGCGCCCAUGAGCAGAGAAAGGCUCACGGGCUCGGGCACCGGUGCCAUUGGCCGCGAGGUUUCGGGCUGGAAGAAAGGCUCCAUCGUUAGCCUCAAGAUGAAAAACUUUCUCGUAUACAAGGACGCGAAGGCCGUGUUUGGGCCACGCCUCAACAUGGUCGUGGGGCCGAACGGCUCGGGAAAGUCUACGCUCGUGUGCGCCAUUGCGCUCGGCCUGGGCGGUUCCCCCAAGGUGUUGGGGCGCGCGGACAACCUGAGCGCGUUCGUGAUGCACGGCGUCAAGGAAGACGCCUCCGUCACGGUGGAGCUCUACAUGCCGGAUGGGAACAACCUCCACGUCACCAGGACGUUCUCGAGAAAGAACAACUCGUCCAACUGGCACAUCAACGGACGGUCUCAUUCGACCAAGGAAGUGGAGAACAAGAUUCGGGCCCUUGGCAUCCAGGUCGACAACCUCUGCACCAUGCUGCCGCAGGACAAGGUCGGCGACUUCUCGGGCUUUACGCCAGACAAGCUGCUGCUGGAAACGGAGAAGGCCUUGUCCGGCACCGAGCUGUACGACCCACACAUGAAGCUCAUCGACCUGCAAGACUCGAAAGGCAAGAGUCAGAACGAGGAGGAGACGAUGAGGACCAAGCUGGAAGGCAUGGAAUCGGAGUUGUCCACCCUCGAGAAGGACGUGCAACGCUACCAAGAGCGCCAAGAGAAGCAGAAUAGGCUUGAGUUGCACAGGCAGCGGAAGGUGUGGGCGGGGGUGGAGACCCUGAGGAAUCAGGGGAUCGAAGCCAAGCAGCUCGAGAAAGACGCUGUUGUGGAGCUGAAGAUGGCACAGCAGGCCGAUCAGCCUUUGCAGGAUGAAUACAAGAAGUGGGAACGGCAACAAGAGAGACUGAGGGGCGCAGAGAAGACCCGCGUGAAACGGCGGACUGAUCUCGAGAAAGCGAUAGGGGACAAGAACGACAAGACCGUCAAGCCGAGGCAAGUCCGAGCGUUGCCGAAAUCCAAAAAGAGAUCGAGAGGAAGCAGAUGGAAGCACAAGCGGCGAAGCAGGAUGUUCAAAGCCAGGAAUCCCUCAUACAGGCUAUGGCUUCGUUGUUAUGUUCGACAGGGACUGGAUUUUGUCUCGACGUUUCUUUCAGUAACGGUGGAAGAUGACGAGGCUGCCAGGGCGGUGGAAACGCACAUCCCCAGCUACGUCUGGUGCAGCAUGGUGGUAAGCUGCAAGGAAGACCACGACGUGAUUAUCAGGGCCUUCAAGAACCAGAGGGUUUCCCUGGGGAUCUUGGUCAACCAGGGGGGCACGUGA